AAUGUCUCAGAGAAAUUAUAGUAAGGAAAUAAUAAAUCUUCUCGAAAAAGGUGAAAUAAAGAAGAAUCAAAGCCCAAUUUCGCGGGAAAAAGAAAAAGUUAGCAGAGAAUUAAAUAUGAAAGAACGAAAUGAUUUUCAACAAGUUCAGGAUACCAUGACAGAUUUAAUUAGGAAACAUGGAGACAAAUCUACAGGUGCACUUCUACCAAGAUCUUUAAGGAAAGUUUGCAAUGCGAUUCCUUCAGUAAAAUUUAGUGAAAGACUAACAAACGAUUUAAAGUUAUAUGUUAUAACUAGCCUAUCGGAAAUUCAAGCUAAUGAAGAUUCUGAAAAUACAAAAGUAACUUCUGAAAGUGUGGAAGUUAAUUUACAGGAUCCUAGAACAAGACCAGUGGAUUUCGAUACUAGAGACAUUUACUUAUUAGUACCUAAUUUCCAAUCAGAAGUUGACUUUAAUAGGCCAAGACAAAUGACAUAUUUGGAUUGUUAA